UUCGGUGCAGCUGACGUCCGCUCCUUGGUUCAUACGAAUUUUAAAACCUCUGCUAUUUGCGGGGGUUCUACGCUUGGGCAAGCCUGAGCCAUCAUUGUGACCGCUAGUCGUUCUUUCGAUAAAACCCGACAUUUUCAUUCUGCAGUCAACACGGCCUUCGCUCAUUCGAAUCUCAGCAUUCUAAUUCUUUGCGCUCUUUCCUAAACUCGCUUGCUUCCCGCAGAUAUUCUUAGUGUCGUACUGACAGGCACCGUAUUUUACAUACUUCCUGAAUCUUCUUCCGGCACGGAGCUUCAGAACCUGUGCGCUCGGUCUUGCGCACCAACGGUGUCUCAAGUCGAUUACCAUUACGUCACACUUCUUGAUAUUCAAUCUUCAAUAGCUUCCUAAGUGGUUCAAGUUGAGAGCAUAGUCCUACAGCUCGGGGCAAGGGCCGAACCAGGAUGGCCCAUCAUGGCAAUAGGCACACUCGGUAUAGCAGAUUGAUGAAGAGGACUAAUAGAUCAACAGCGGUUGCAGAUGCCACGGGACGUACGGACGGAGGGCUCUCGUUAGGCUAUGGGACAGUUGUGAAUGACCCGAGAGACAGGAUGAAGCGGCAAGCACAGGACGAGUCGCAGCCCCAAACGGACAGCGCAAUAUCCCAGGAAGACCAGAUUUCGGUGCAAGUCACGAUAGCCGCAGCCGCUACCGAUGAUCCUCAGACUACACCUGAUGCUGCAGUAGUAACGCCCUCGGCGACAACUGGUAUUAGUGAGCCCACAGUGUCUCAAGUCACCCCUAACCAAAGCUCACCGGCUGUUCCGACUACCUCGUCCGAAGAAAACCUGAAUGCCUCUCCUGCUUCACCUACCCCCACAACUGAUACUCCCCUUGAGACGACGAGUCAUGAUUCAUCGACUUCUCCUACUUCUCUUCCUGUGAUAUCUUCUGCUUCCGACAUUUCCGCUUCCCAAAUACCUCUCUCGCCUAUGAGCUCGAGUGGGACGCCUCAGUCAACUUCUAGCACGAUAGUCCCCACAACAAGCUCUUCGUCGUCCAGUUCUAGCCAAACCUCGUCUACGUCUAGUUCCAGCCCAAGCUCAUCUUCCGGCACAACGACUUCCUCAACUUCUACAUCCUCUACAACCUCUACCACAUCUGAGAUUACUAUAACUUCGUUGCCCUCCGGCACCGGAGCCGGGCCCUCAUAUGGCUGGGAUGGAGGAUCGGGGCCGACAGCUACCGAACAGACACCUUUGACUACUGGACCGACUACUUCAGCAACAAGUUCUCCUUCCCAGGGCUCUGGCGUUCUCGACAGUCAAACCAAGGGCAAAAUUGCUGGCGGUGUAGUUGGUGGCGUAGCUGGUGCAAUGGUUUUGGUAGUCCUAGUUUUUCUACUUCUCCGGAGACGGAGAGCAUACCAAGAUCGUGCCCCUGAAGUCCUUCCACCCGGUGAUAUGACUGGUACUGCUGUUGGUGAAGGAUCUGUAACAAGGUCAGCUGAUGUGGUUUCACGGCGGUCUAGCAAUGAUCCGUUAUUUACGGCCUCAUACUUUGCGCCAGCGUUUAUGAAGCGCUGGAGACAAUCCCGCCUCUCUACUCAUACAGAAAGCACCUUAGAUUCUAGCACCAGCGAGCGUGGCUUCCAGAAGAUUUCCGGCCGGAAGAUUCCCUCCGUGCUGCAGUCAGGAGGAGAUGGAUAUGGUGGUGGUUUCCCGGAAGGAUCGCCGACUAUGUCGGAGCCAAGUGUGAGCUUCCCGCCAGGUUCACCGGUCCUUCCCCGCUCACCUACCUCUCAACCGCCUCCAUCAACCCCAUAUGGCAUGCCGCUGGACGUGAGUUAUACAAGGGAAGCCGAGGAAACAAACCCCAUAGUGAUUUUUCGGCCCUCGCCGGCCAGGACACCUAUCCCUGGCUCCGCAAAUGCUAGUCUAUCUAACGAACCCUCUGUAUCGCGCAUUGUGCCUCUGGCGCAGGGGGCAUUGUCUCCCACCAUACCUAAGCGACCGGAUGUACUGGGUCGAAGUCAUCCAAGUUUUGAUGGUAGCCGCGGCAGCCGAUUUACCGAGAGUAUAUGAUCCUGUUCGCUAUUGUCUUUCCUUUAGCCAUUGCAAGCACCCCUUCGUUGUUCGAUGUCUGGAUAUAUAUCAUAAGAGCUUUGCUCUGUACAUACGCUGAGAGCUUGCACUUCUUUCUUUCCCUUCGGGGCGUGUCGCCUUUGCAACGGGGCUAAUCCUGAGCCUUCUCAGGCUG